UGGUUUCUUUGAUGUUCGAAGAUGUUUGAAAACAAGAGCAACCGUUUGAGCGAGGCAAGGAUUUGUGUUUGUGUUCACAACGCGUUUGAGAUCUCGAAUGAAAAACAACGACCAAUCGAAUUCGCACAAUUCAAUUGACCAACCAACGCGAUUGGUCAACGAUUUCGAAGAUCGUUGUACGGCUUAGAUCUUGGCUGCAAAGUUGUUUACAGCUGUGCUGCGAGAUUAGGUUUAUGUUUGUUCUGACGAACUUUGUCAAUACGCCGCGUAAACGCGAUAGUACUCAGUGACAAACAGAAUGGAAUUGGAUCAAAAUGUCGCGCAAGGUCUUUUAACUCAAGGUGCCACGCUGGUCUUGCUGGAUGUACCCGUGGGCACUGACGUUGGCAUUGAUCUCAAGUCCUGGAAUACGGGAGAUAAUUUUAAGGGUAUCAAGAUGAUCCCCCCGGGGGUUCAUUUUGUGCAUUACAGUGCGGUGGAUAAGUUUGGUGAGAUGGCAUCUAGAGUUAGUUUCUUCCAUGAUUUUAAGAAGUGCGAGAUCUUGGUGAAAAAAUGGGACAGCAAGGAAGAGACCGUCAGCUCAGAACCUGUACCCGAAGAAACUGUUCAGAGAUUGAAGGAUAAUAUAAAAGAGCUGGACAGAUAUUUAGGACCGUAUCCGUACGACAUAUGGGAACAGUGGAAGAAAUUAACAAACAGAAUCACCGAAUCUGUUGUAGAGCGAUGCUCACCACUGUGUGGAUUUGUACAAUCUGCCUUGGAAUUGGAGCACUGUAGCGACGCCUCAAGACCACGCGGUGGAGAAUCCAGCAGCAAGAAGAGAAAACCUGGUAGACGUACAGCGGAGAAUAGAGAGGACACUUUGUUGCCGGAUCUGAAGCCAAAACCUGGCACAGAACUCAGACUUACGGAGAUACCGGACAAGCAGUAUCCCGACAACGCAACUCCGAGCGAAAUAACACAGCAUUCCCUUGACACCAGUUACGCGCUGCAUACCUUUGUGAAAAAAUUGCGGGAGCCUGUUGAGAUCAUCGGAGAGAUGCAAUUGACAUUCGUCUGCUUUCUGGCCGGCCAGAGUUUCGACGCUUUCGAGCAGUGGAAAGAACUGGUGUCGUUGAUUUGCGGCGCGGACAAAGCCAUUUCUCAGUAUCAUUCUAUUUACACCGAGUUUUUAGAAGUUCUAGAAGUCGAGUUGUUGUACGUGCCGGAGGAGGUGCUGUGCGAUAUCGUGGCGAGUAAUAAUUUCGUAUAUCGCAAUUUGUGCAAACUAUUCGGCAACAUCGAGUCGAACGCGGAGGUGGACGGCCGACUGAAGUCAUACGCGAAACGUUUGCAAAAACGAUUGACCACCAAGUUCCAGUGGGACUUUUCGAAUUUACUCGAGGAAGCGGAUGACGAAGCGCCUGUAAUUGUCGAUCUCGAUGACACGAAUGAUUAAAUUACAAAAUCGAAUGUACAUAUUCUGAUUGUGUGACGCAACUUGUAAAUAAUAAUAAAUAAAUCGUUAGAACUUUUUAUAUAACACGA